GACGGUGCUGUUUUCUGAAAUGGCUGGUUUUGUUGGGUCUGAAAUUCCUUUGUAUGAAGGGGAUAUCAUUAAACUUUUUUGCCACUGCAAGAUAGAAGGAUUCAUCAAUGCACUGACACCAAGUUCAAAGUACAGCUGUGUCACUGUCUUACCAUUGCAGCCUGCUUCAAAUGUUCAUUUUGCAUCUUUUCAAGUUUUGGCUGAGAAAUAUGAUGUCAUAACAUCUCCAUUAGAAGUAUCAGAAGUCUCACAAUUGAGUAGAGAUUUUCCAUGUUGCAGUUUAGUGUAUGGAAGAAAAGUGAAGCUUCUUCAUGUUGCUUCCAAAAUGUACUUUUCUGUUGAUUUAUCCUCAAACAGCACAAUAAAAAAUGUAAAAUUGGUAGAAGACUUUGAAGAAAAGACUUGUGUGUUUCGCAUACUUCCUUCUGAAACCAAUAAGCAUGCAGGAGAAGAUGUGCUGUCACUGGAUAAGAUAAAACUUAAAUCAGUUUCUGACAAAAUGCAUUAUGUAUUUAGUGCAUUUAAUCCACUUAUGUCAAGGUAUGAACUUAAAGUGGCAGCCACACAUUCUAUAUUUGAAAUCUCAUUACAAUCAAGAAAUAAUAUGACACUACCACACAAAGCAGUGAGAGGUUGUGAUGUUGUGAUGUUGUUUAAUCACAAAUGUGAAAGUUAUCUUGCUGGGCGUGAAUUUUAUGAUGAAAUCAAAGAAAAUACUGUUACAGAAGUUGGAGCAAGACAAAAAAAAUUAGUCCAUGGAAUACAGAAAGCUCCUUCACUAUCUUUUAACUGUUACUGGCAGCUGGAGAAAGCUGAAACACCACAUAAUAGUGAUCAUUUUGAGUAUGGAGACCAUUGUCGUAUUAAACAUUUGCUAACAGGGCAGUAUCUGUCAGUGGCACUGACACAGCAAGAAAAGGUGCAUGUAUCACUAAAAAAAUUAGAGGCUGCUAUGAUUGAGGAUGAAACACAAUUCUGUUUAUUACCAGUGCUGGGGAAAGAAGGCUGCAUAACUAAAGGUAGUUGUGUUGAAAUUAAACAUAAUAAGUUGGGAAAAAAAAUAUCAAUUCCAACAAUUAUUUAUGAAUGUGGACCAUCAUCCAUGGGAAAUACUGAGUGGCUGAAGGUUGGUCUUGAAGAUAAUCAUCAAUACUUUUGUGUUGAAGAGGUUAAUCCUGAUUUUAUUCAUGAGUGCUAUCACAUGUCAGGAGUUAUUGCUGUAUUAAAAAAUUAUUUGCAAAAGUUCAAGGAUGAUUCAACUCCUCCUUCAUUUGAUGAACCACUUGAUGUAUUAAACAGAUUAUUAGAAUGGUUGAAUGUGGAAGGAAGGGCAGUAGCCAGAGCAAAUAUGCUCAGAAUGUCACAGGGUGUCGACUUGCUGCUUUGUUUCUAUGAUGUACCACACAAAGACUUAAAAAGAAAAAUAUCAGUUGUAUUGCAAGCUUUCUUGGAUCCUGCAGUCAAAAAAAAUCAUCGUUAUCUUGCAAAUGAUAGAUUCUUAGAUAUUCUUUUUAAACAGAUAAAUCACAAAAUUGGUGUUGAGGAGGUUCUUAGUAGUUUGGUUGAAAUUGAAAGCACUGUUACUGCUAAAGUGGUGAAUAAAUUUGCAAAAAAUACAUCUGUCUUCAAUCAAAUUAAUAAAAACAUGGAUACAUCAAUUCUUGAUUUUUUAAGUACACUCUGUGUUACUGCUGGAAAGCCCAAUCAAGUAUUACAGAAUGCUAUAUUUGAAAAGAUCAUUACAAAGGACCAUUUUAUACAUACUGAAGUAAUUGAAAAAGAUAGUGCUAUAACUAAUAUUCGAUUCACUGGUCCACCAGAGAUAGCUGGGUGUCUAAUGUCUGACAUUUGCUCAAAAGAAAAGUAUUCAAUUCACAUGGAAAAUUGUGUCUUUUUUAUUGCACAACUAAAGCUACUCAGCCGAAUAUGCAAAGGUGCAAACAUUAAAUGUAUUCGUCAUAUUCAGAAGCUAGUUACUUUUGAAGAAGCUCUUUUUUUAAUUAAUAACUAUAACCUUCAUCCUCUGCUACGAUCAGCUUAUCUUGGCUUUGUUGUUUCUGUCUAUGUUGAUCCCAAUGUAGAAGAAAGUAAAGCAGAUGUGGACAACAUGUGGCAUAUCUUUCAUUGGAAUAUGGUAUCUGAAAAUUCAUUGAAGACAGCAUGUAUAGCUGAUAGACAUGAUCUAGUAUCUGAUGGAUCAAAAGUGUUAAAAGUGCAGUCAAGUAUAGAAUCUUUUUUGAAGAACUUUAAAUAUGAGAAUUACUUAAUGGAAGGUAACAUUGAAGUAUUGAGUCAAGUAUUAUCAGUUUUGGAACCAUUAAUUUUAAAUGGAUUUUACUGGAACAAUCCUACAGAUGUAGCAAAAUUCCUAACUGAUAUUAUUAGCAAAGAGUCUAAUAAUCAAAAAGUCUUAUGUGCGAAAAGAAAAGCUGUUCACAGUCUUCACCUCCUAUUCAAGAUGUUAUCCUACAUUGCAUUAGCAAGAUUUUUAUAUGACUUCAAAUUGUUAAGAAAAGACUUGCAUGUAGAAGAAAUAAUUGAAUCUCGCUAUAGCUAUCUGCCAGUGAAUGAAUCACUUGCAGCACUUCUCUCACAACAAGUACCUGACUACCAACUGAAUGAACAAACAAUUACUCAAGCCUGUUCUAGAUUGAAAUAUGUAUUCCAAAAUGAUGGUUAUGUUUGUUUUGAUGUUGCUACAGAAGAUGGAAAAAAUCUUGUUGAAACACUUAUUGAUCUAAUGAAGUAUGAUAUUUAUGAUUUGAGGCUAUCAAGUGCUUUGUUGCUCUUUGAUAUUUUCCAAAAGGAAAAUAUUUUGUUUCGUAAUGCAGAAACAUCAUGUUUAAUCACUACUGAUUGCUCAAAAGAGUUCUCUAAAUUGAUGAUACAAUAUGGUUGCUUUUCUGAUGAUAAGCAUCCUGAUGAUAGUUGCUCUUCUGAUAUUGAUGACACUUGCUCUUCUGAUAUUGAUGACACUUGCUCCUUAAAUAAUCAUGAUAAAAAGCCAAAAAAAGUGUUAUUGAAACUAUUACAAGGACAAGCUAUUGAAGGACCAGUACAUGAGAAAGUGGCAAGUUUUCUAAAUGACACUAAGAUUAAGUGUAUGAUUGAUGGUGAUGAAACUCAACCUCACAGUUAUUAUCAGAAAAUUGUUUUUAGUGCUGUUGCUUUUUCUGCUAUAUUUGAAUAUAUCCAGUUGUUUUACUCUACUGAUUCCAAUGAGCAAGUUCCCUUAAUGAAGUUGUCUUGUAAUUGUUUGCAGGCAAUUGCACGUAGAAACCACCAGGUUCAAAGUAAACUGUUUCUGAAGUUUAUUGAUUUCGUUGAUGCUAGAAUCGCUAUAGCACCAUUAGCUCGUCUCAUGACUGAAACACUUUCAGGUAAUCAUUUAUUGUGUCUCCAGCUCUCAGAGGGCACCAUAACUCAUUUAUACAUGGUAGCUGCCACCUCUAGUAAUGUUGAGCACUGUGAGUUCUUUACUACAUUAGAAACUAUCAUUAAACCUUAUAAAUGGAGUAAGUUGGACAAUGGUGUACCACUUUUGAUGAAGAAUUAUCAAACAUUGAUUGCAAAAGUAGUCUUAAAACAUAUUCAGGAGCAAUUUUAUCCGUUGCUUUUGAAAAGUACACAAGAGGAAAGAUUAACAGCACUGAAAGAUACUUGUGAUUAUAAAUGCUUGCAGCUAUUAGCAGUAUCAGAUUUACUGGCAAGCGUAGCUGAAGGACCAUGUCAACAUGCUGAAGAUAUUUGUCAAGAUAUAUUUUCAUUGGAUGACUUAGUCAAUGUUAUGUCUAACCCUGACAUUAAGUUUCACAAUAAGAAACCUUUUGCUCGUAUAAUGAAUGAAGGUUACAUAAAUACAGAGAGAGAGUCUCUUCUCUCUAUUGCAGAGCUAUCAAAAAUAAGUGCUUUUUGGGGUCACCUAGAAGAAUGUGCUCAGCUUGUGAAAAUGAUGCAUAAUAAUUUAUCACAAAAUCAUGUUGAGCUAAAUCACGUGAAAAUCAAAGUUCGCAUCCUGUUCAGUCAGCACUCAAGCUUUGCUGAAUUAGAGGAAAGGAACAAGAAAGAAUUUGAUGAUGUAAUGGAAUACAAUGGAAAAUUUAUAUUAGUAUCAUCAUUGCUAAGUUACUUAAUUGAGGGUCUAAUUCCAUUAGUAACUUCAAUCUGUUCACAGUUGUGUAUAGAUUACAGUAGUGAACUGCCUGAUCAGCCAUCUUCUAGUUUGCUCACUGCUCCUAAUGUUACUGUACUAAAAAAAUUCACUGACUCACUUUUAAUUUUAAUACAACAACAUCCAGAAGCUUUUUUUACCAUGCCUGAAAUGACUCCGUACUGGACCAAGUUCAUUGAUUCUGUUGUCAAUAUGAUGCCUAUUGACCAGCAAGGCUGGCAAGAGCAAUUGAAUGCAGUAAGGGAAACUGUGUUAGCUAAUGAAGAUUUCUAUAUUAGUACUGAUCUGAAAAAUGUGGGCAAAGAUUUGGCAGAUGAAAUAAGUUUGAAUGAUGAUUUCCAAACUUUCAUUCAUAAUUUUAAAGCUGCUUAUGAAUGCAAUGCUAAAACUGAUCAAGAGAAUUUUCAUCAUGAAGAUUUUACACGAACUAGUUUUCAGGAACUUGUGCUUUUUUCUGGGUAUGACUUUAACAUUAAAGCAGAAAAGCUAUUAGAUUUUAUAAAUGUCUCAUACAAACAGCUUCAGAAGCCCUUAACAUCAGAUGAGCGGUCUAAUAUUGAUUUUGCUGUCCUCGCAUCACUUCAUAUUCUUUGUGAUUUAGUACCUAGAAUAGAUAGUGACCUACUGAUUUUGGAAUUAGUCAAAAAGGUCAUUGCUUUUUUAGCCCAUCCAAAAGAUAAGAUAGCUAUUCAAGUUUUUGAAUUUUUUCGACUACUCCUAUACAAUUGCAGUGAAACAGCUCAGCAUUACAUUUGUAUUACAAUUAUGCAGGAGGAGACUAAGUUUUUUGAUAGACUCUAUAAACUACUUACGAAUUUUAUAGCAAGUAUUGGCUCAAGGCCAAUUGAAAGUGUAAGAGAAACUGAUCACAAGACAGCAAUAUUUAUGCAAGGAAUGUCAGAUGAAGAAGAAGAAACUGAUUUUUGUGGUCACCAGCAGAGAAAUGUUCAGUUGCAUACUAUAGAAAGAGCCAGACAGCCGGAAACAAGUGAAUCUGGUGCUAUAAAAGGGGCUGGUAUAGUUCUUGAUGUAGUUUCGUAUUUAUGUGAUGGGCAGAAUUUUGAAAUGCAAAAUCUACUUAGAAAACAAGAAGAAGCUGCAUUUUUUAGUGUCAAUAUUGUUGGGCUAGUUGCUGAAUUGUUUGAAAAACUAGCAAAAAACUUCAGUGAAAACACUAUCAGUUCUUUAAAGACAGCAAUCCAAGCACUCAUAGAAGUUUGUGCUGGUAAUUUUGGAAAUCAAGAAGUUGCUUUCAAAGGUCAAGUAAUUGACUCAAUUAAUAUUAUACUACUUAUGAAAAUGGAUGACCCACAAAAGGAGAAUGAAUUAAUUAAAGUCAAAGCUUCAGCUCUUGAAUUACUGGAAGUAAUCGUUGAAGAAACAAGUUGGGAAAGCAAAAAUUUAGCUCAAAGGAUUGCACAGGAUUUGUCAAUGAAAGGUUUAGUGUCUACUAUUACAGAGUUUUGGGAUAUAUAUAAUAAGACUAAGAAAAGGAAAGAUAAGAGUUUGGCAAAAAUAGCAGAGAGAGCAAUGUUUAGAGGAUAUCAUGUUUAUAAAAGGAUUUGGGGUCAAUUAAGUGAAGUUUCUGAGGAAAUGCAACAUCAUUUGGGUAAAACAAAGUGCAUUGAAGUUAAUUAUGAGACAAAGUUUAAUGACAAGAUACUAAUGAAAGUUCAUUUUCCAUUUUAUCAGGAAGAGCUAACUAAAACUGAGAAAAAAAUAGUACAGGACAACAUCAAGCGAGACUCACCUGAAGCAAAAGUUAAAGAUCUUUUGAAUUGGAUGGAAUCAAUGAAAAGAAAUCUUAAGCACAGAGAGAAGCUUAAGCAGAAGUGGUACUUACACUUAGCUGUGGCUGUACCACGAAUAAGAAACUUUUUGCUUAUUGUCCUAACCUUGUUGCUCAAUUUGUUUGUUGUUUUACUAUUGGAAAUCCCUGAUAAAAGAAGCAACACUACUGCUGAUUAUAUGAUUGCUGAUCCAGUUGGAGCAUCAUGGUUUUCUGAUAUUUUGAUAUAUAUUCUUGGAAGUUUUCACAUCAUUUUAUCGAUAUGGAUGGUCAUUGAAUACUUCGUCAAUGAAUAUCCAAAUAUAUUAUUUCUAAGUUAUUUUGUGGGUUUAUUGCUUGACUUUUUUAAAUGGAUUUUUUAUUCAAUAGAAAAGAAGGGAUCAGAAAAUUCACAGCAAAUUGAUUUCAGCGAAUUUGAGUCUUUUUUUAAACAACACUUUCAAGUGUACUUUUUUAACUUUCGUCCCUUAUAUUGUAUUGUUUUUCUCGUCUGCUCCAUUGUUGCUAUGGGAUAUGAAGGAUACUUUUAUUGUGGUUGCAUUUUGUAUGCAUUUUUAAAUAAUAAUGUGCUGCAACAAGUUUUGAUUGCUAUCUCUAAAAGUGCUGCACAACUUAUUUCAGUUGCUCUUCUUGCUUUGGGGAUUUUGUUAGUCUUUGCUGUUAUUUCAUUUGUUUUUCUUCAUGAUUUUUUUGACAAUGAAAAUUUAUUUUGUCGAACCUUAUUUGAAUGCUACAUAUCAGUAACAAGGGAAGGACUAUUGGACACUAUUGGAACUAUUCUCCCUGUCAAAUACAUGGGUCAGACUGAGCCAUCCUUUAAAAUAUAUGCUGUGAAGAGUAUAUUUGAUUUGGCCUUCUUCAUCAUCAUCACAACUCUUGGUCUCAACAUUGUGAUAGCUAUUCUAGUGGAUCGCUUUUCUGAACUAAGGAGUGAGAGGGAGAAAGUUAAUCAAGACAAACAAACUUAUUGCUUUAUUUGUGGUAUUGAUAGUGAUACUUUUGAAAGGAAAGGCAAAGGAUUUGAAAAUCAUGUAAUACAUGAUCAUCACAUGUGGAAUUAUGUGUAUUAUAUGCUUUAUCUUGACUCAAUGGAUGCUAAAGAUCAUAAUGCAAUAGAGAAAUAUGUAUAUGAAUGUAUUAAAGACAAAGAUAUUGGAUUCUUUCCAUUACGUCAAGCUGAAGUUCUAGGAGGAAGAGUAGAUGAUGCAGCCAUACAGAAAUCUUAAGAACUAGAUUCAGUUGAAGUGUAGCAGUGAAAUUUUAAUUUUUGCUGCAUUGUAUUGGGUGUUUUUAGCUUACCAGAUCUAAUAGACUAGUUAUUGCUUAGUUUGUUUAUAGAACAUGUGUAAUUUUCAUUGCUUUAGCUUUUGUUUAUUUUACUAGAUGUAGUUAGUUUACUACAUUGUCAUGGUAAUC